AUGUUCGUCGUCGCACGCGGCAUUCUCGGCUUUGGGACGGUCUUCCUUGGCUCAUCGGGCCAUCCAUUGAUCACAGAGAUUGCUCACCCAGCGCAUCGAGCCACCGCAACUGCCAUGUUCAACACUACCUACGCCCUAGGUGCGAUAUUCGCAGCGUGGGCCACUUUCGGCACGUUCCCUAUCGAUGGCAGUGCCACAUGGCGCGUCCCAUCUGCCAUCCAAGGCCUCCCAUCUCUUCUCCAGCUCCUUGGUCUAUGGAUGGUUCCCGAGAGCUCUCCGCUUCAGCUCUUGGCAAAAUACCAUGCCGAGGGUGAUUCCGACGACGCGCUUGUUCGAUUCGAAUACAACGAAAUCGAGGAGGCCCUUGCGUACGAACGUAGCAUUAGCAAAAAGAACUGGAUCCAGAGUUAUCUGGAGUUUACUCGGACCUCGGGAAAUCGAAAGCGACUUUUCAUACUCCUGUGGAGUGCUUGCUUUGCCCAGAUUGGUAUCACCACAGGCUCUGCGGUGUUUGCUCAGGAUUCCUCAAACAAAGCUGCCGGUGGUGCCGUGGUCGCUUUCCUCUACUUGUUCUCGCCGGCCUACAACUUUGGCAUCAACGGUAAUUUGGGGCUAUACAUUGCCGAAACCCACCCGGUCCAUCUUCGUAUGAGGGACCAGGCUUGUUUUCAAUUCUUUGCUAAGUGUUUCACGCUGCUCGCCACAUAUGCCUUCCCCGUUGGACUUGAAAACAUGGGAUGGAAGUUUUACACCAUCUUCAUCCCCUGGGUGGCUAUUGAAUUCAUUGUGGUGUACUUCAUCUACCCUGAGACCAAAGGAUGCUCCCUUGAAGAGAUUGCGCUUAUCUUGGAUGGGGAACCUGCAGAGCACAGUGAAGAUGGCGUCAGUCGCUUUCAUGGCAAGAUCGUUGACGCGGAGCAUGUCGAAGUCACUCAUUGA